GAGCUCGAGGACGCGUGCCUUCUCUCGGUUGCCUCGCCCACCGACUUUGGCUCGAUCGUGGUGCGCGGGCCUCAUUGGACCCGCGAUGAUCUGGACGGCGGCUCUGGCGCGAAGGGUGAGAUCCAGGUCCCGACCAGGGAUGUGCUGCACCAGUGGCUGUACACGUACGACAACGAGGGCGCCUUCUUCCGUUGCGGGGACGAGGGGAAGUGGGACUUGGCGAAGAUCUCCAACAUGCGCACGAUGUUGGACAGGGAUCGGAUCGUAUCAGUGAUGAACGUGCGCAACGACAUCCACAGCAUCUUGAACGACCAUGACGGCGUCCACAGCUUCAAGCGCGUCUUCCAGUGCGGUCAGGGCCCCAGCGAUGCCAUGAUCCAGAUGCUCAAGGAGCAGGUCCAGGAGUGGGUGAACGGCAGCAUCGACACCAUCAUGAAGGAGCACACCGACGCCGUCAUCCAGAAGGGCCCGAGCUCGAUCAGCAGUCUCGGCAUCGACCCCGAGCAGGCGCCGCGGGGACAUUGA